CAAACACACACGAUAAACACACAAGAAUGACAAAAGUUUAUUCAUUGGGUAUUAGAAGAGAGGAUAAAAAUAGAUGGGAAAGAAGAGCACCUUUGGCUCCAUCUCAUGUCGAAGAUUUGGUUAAAAAAGGUAUUAAAGUUAUUGUACAACCAUCAACACUCAGAAAUUAUCCAAAUGUUUUAUAUGAACGUGCAGGUGCAAUCAUUCAAGAAGAUUUAAAGGAAUGUGAUGUCAUUGCUGCCGUCAAAGAAGUUCCAAGUGAAUAUUUAUACGAAGAUAAAACCUAUAUUUUCUUUUCACAUACUAUCAAAGCUCAACCAUACAAUAUGCCAAUGUUAGAUGAAAUCAACAGAAAACGUAUUCGUUUAAUUGAUUAUGAACGUAUUACUGAUGAAAAUAAUAGAAGAUUGGUUCGUUUCGGUUCUUUUGCUGGUUAUGCUGGUAUGAUUGAUAUGCUUCAUGCUUUAGGUGAUCGUUUAUUAGCCAAAGGUUUUUCAACUCCAUUCUUACAUGUUGGUUAUUCAUAUGUAUAUUCUAAACUUGAAAGUGCUAUGGAGGCUGUUAAAGCUAUUGGUGAAGAAAUUUCACAAGUUGGUUUACCAGAUGACCUUUUACCAUUUACAUUUGCAUUUACCUCUGAUGGUGCUGUAGCUCAAGGUGCACUUAAAAUCUUUAAAUUACUCCCACACAAAAUGGUUACCCCAGACGAAAUGGUAGAUUUAGUUAAAAAUAAAAAGGGUGAAAGAGGUAUUUUAUAUGGUACAAUUAUUACAGCUGAACAUAUGGUAGCACCAAUUGAUCCAACCAAGAAAUUUGAUAAAAAAGAUUAUUAUUCACAACCACAUACCUAUAAACCAAUCUUUGUUGAAAAAUAUGCUCCAUAUAUUUCAUGUAUUAUUAAUUGUAUGUACUGGGAUGCUAAAUAUCCACGUUUAAUUACCAUUCGUCAAAUGGAAGAAAUGGUCGAAAAUAAUAACACAAGAUUAAUUGGUGUUGCUGAUAUCUCUGCCGAUAUUAAUGGUUCAUUAGAGUUUUUAAUGACCACCACUUCAAUCGAUUCACCACUUUACAUUUACGAUCCAAAAACUCAAGAAGUCCACGACCCAACUACAGAUCAACAAUAUAUGUACCGUGAUGGUAUUUUAUUCUUGGCUGUUGACAAUUUACCAACAGAAUUCCCAAAAGAAGCCACUCAAUGGUUUGGUGACCAUUUAUCAAAAUUCAUUGAAGCUGUUGUCAAAUCAGACCCAACUUUACCAUAUGAUAAGAUGACUGAUAUUGCACCAGAAAUUAAAAGAGCCGUUAUUACAGCACAUGGUUCAUUAACUAAACCAUUCGAAUAUAUUACCGAAUUAAGAAAGAAGAGAGAGGAGUUAAUUUCAAGAAUUUUAGUUUUAGGUGCUGGUUCAGUAUCUUAUUCAACCAUUUCAUAUUUAACUAGAAAUCCAUCUCACAAGAUUACAAUUGGUGAUAUUUCAUUAGAUCAAGCCAAAAAAGCAGCAUCAGUCGAACCAGACGCAGAUAUUCAAACAGUCGUUAUUGAUGUUCAUAACAAAGAAGCAUUAGAUGAACUUGUUUCAAAAUUCAAAGUUAUUGCAAGUUUAUUACCAGACGAACUUUCAAUUUUAGUAGCUGAAUCAUGUCUCCGUAAUAAGAAACAUAUGGUUUGUCCAAGUUAUUUAAGCAAAGAAAUGGAAGCUCUUCAUGAACAAGCUAAAGAAGCUGGUGUUACCUUAUUAAAUGAAAUGGGCUUAGAUCCAGGUAUUGAUCAUUUAGAAGCCUCAAGAGUUAUCAACGAUGUCAAGAGUAAGGGUGGUAAAAUUAGAUCAUUCGUUUCAUGGUGUGGUGGUCUCCCAGCACCAGAGUCAUCUGAUAAUCCACUUGGUUAUAAAUUCACAUGGUCACCAAAAGAAAUUAUUUCAGGUGUUACUAAUGACUCUAAAUUCCGUCGUGAUGGUCAAGAUAUUUUCAUCUCUGGCCAAGAAGUUUACAAGAGACUCCAACCAGUCGAUAUUUUCCCAGCUCUUUCAUUAGAAGGUGUUCCAAAUAGAGAUUGUCUCUUUUUAGCCAAAGCUUAUGAUAUUGAAAAUGUAAGCACACUUUUCCGUGGUACCAUUCGUUAUAGAGGUUUUUGCUCAGUUAUGGAAGCUGCUGUUGAAAUCGGUCUUCUCGAUACCACAUCCAAAACUCAUCUCCAACCAUCAUCAUCACCAUUAUCAUGGAAUCAUGCUAUGCGUACCCUUUUACCAUCUCCAUUAGCCGAUGGCAUUCCAACCCAAGAACUUUUAAGAAGAAAACUUAGAACCAGAAGAGGUUAUCCAUCAAAAGGAUAUGAUGAUGAUAAAAUCACACACAUUCUUUCAGUUUUCGAUUGGUUAGGUGUUUUCUCUGAAGAGAUUAAUGUUAAAUUAGAGGGUAACUUUUUCGAUGCAUUCACAGAACUCCUCAAAACCAAAUUAAGUCUUUUACCAUCAGAAAAAGAUUUAAUCAUUUUACACAAUAUCAUUGGUAUUGAAUGGGAAGGUGGUAAACACGAAACCAAAACUUCAACUCUUGUUUACUAUGGUUCAAAAGAUCAAUCUGCUGUUGGUACUGUAGUUGGUUUACCAAUUGCUAUUGCUACUGAGCUUUUACUUGAAGGCCAAGUUAAAGAAAGAGGUGCCAUCAGACCAGUUUCAAAAGAAUACUAUAAACCAAUGAUUAAAGCACUUCACAAUGAAGGUAUUACAUUUAUUCAUAGAAAUGAAUUUGAUAAACAAUAUUAAAUAAUAAAUAAAUAAAAAAUAAAAAAUAAAAUAACUCUUUUUUUUUUUUUUCACAUUUAUAAAAGUUUUAUAGUUU